CAUGUAUGUACCCCACCUUGCCUGACCACUGACAUAGGCCCAGCGAGUUUCGGUUACAUGCAUGUCUUCGUACGAACAUAAAAGGAUCAACUGAUUCCCGCUCUGACCUAUUCAUCCAACUACCAAAACAUCAGUCUGAACCUGUUCUUCUAUUACAAGCAUGUCCUACUCACCACCAGACUCCGCAAAGCCCUUUACCCUCAACGUCUCUGACCAAGACAUCUCAGACUGGCGCCAGCUUCUUCAGCUCUCAAAGCUCGCCCCUGAAACUUAUGAAGGACGGCAAGAAGACCGCCGCUUUGGCGUAUCCCGCAAGUGGCUCUCUGAUGCAAAGGACUACUGGCUGAACAAGUAUGAUUGGCGUGCACAAGAGAAACAUAUCAACUCGUUUCCAAACUAUAAAAUGCAGAUCGAGGAUGUCGAUCUACAUUUUGUCGCUGUCUUCUCUGAGAAGAAGGACGCAAUCCCCAUCAUUUUCAUGCAUGGAUGGCCAGGAAGCUUCAUCGAGUUUCUACCGAUGCUGACGCUGGUCAAAGAGAAGUACUCCACCAAGGACCUACCAUAUCAUCUCAUUGUACCUUCCCUGCCUGGUUACACUCUCAGUACUGUACAGUCGACCGAGAAGGAGUGGAAGCUGGAAGACACCAGUCGUGUCUUGAAUCAGCUGAUGCUGAACCUCGGCUUCGACAAGUACCUUGCGCAAGGAGGAGAUGUGGGCAGUUUCACAUCGCAACAGAUGAAUAGGUCGUACGAUUCAUGUGUUGGGAUGCACCUAAACAUGAUGACCGGUCUCUCACAACCAAACGAAAACACUUCCAUGAAUGCUUUGGAAAAGAAAUCGCUGGAUCGUUCGAUAAAAUGGCGCGCAACUGGAACGGCGUACGCACAGGAGCAUUCAACAAGACCCAGUACCAUUGGUAACGUGCUAGCAUCAAACCCGCUCGCACUUCUUGCAUGGAUUGGCGAGAAGUUCCUGCAAUGGACGGACGAGGACCCUUCUCUUGAUACAAUCCUCACGGAUAUCUCUCUCUACUGGUUUACGGAAAGCUUUGCUCGUUCCAUCUACCCUUACCGUGAGCUCUUCGGUGCAGGAGCAAAGGACUUCAAGCAAAACAACAAACCUGUCGGUUUCUCUUUCUUUCCCUAUGAGCUAGCUCCAGGUAUCAAGAGUAUCAUUGAGAAGGAAGUUAAUCUGGUGUUUUACAAGCAGCACGAACGCGGUGGACAUUUUGCUGCUUUGGAGAAACCCAAAGAACUCUUGGAAGAUGUCGAGGAGUUUGUUAGCAAGGCUUGGAAGGUAUGAGGUUGAAAUAGCACUCAGAGUCGUGUCCAAUGCGUGGAGAACGGCUGACAUGAUCAAGGGAUCCGCUGUGUCGUCGAGAUUGUAGAAA